AAUUAUAAAAUAAUUAAUGAAUUAACCUUAUUUUAAUAUUUUAUUAAAUACUAAUUAUAUGUUCAGAUUAUCGGGGAUCGUUACGGUAAAGAACACUGUCUGGUAACCUGGAUAAUUAUCUCUCUUUUUUUUUUUUUUUUUUAUUUAUAAUCGGACUUUGUGCUCUCUUUUAAGGUCCACAAUCAUAGAUAAAAAAGUUCAACUUUCAAGUGAAAUGGACUUUCCAAACCCAUGGCCUAAUUAGGCCCUUUGCUCCAACAAAAAAUUCAAGCCUAAAAAAUACUGGGCCUUGUAGCCCACCGGAGGCACCCAAUGGUCAAAAAGCAAAAACUCAAGUCCUCACUUCUCGCAUGCGGCGGUCUCAUCCUCGCAAUUCUCUCCGGUGAGAACUCAACUGUUAAUCUCUCUGCGCCGUGUCCCUCGAACGAGGAGAUCUCAGUCAAUCGAUCGAGUAAAUUAGCAGAGAUGGGAGGAGCUGAGCAUGGACAUGGACAUGGAGCUGAGGAUUUUAGGACGAAGGUCUGGAGCAUGUCGGGUGGUCCAUACUGCCGGCCCAAGCACUGACGUUGCAACACCGCCAUUGCAAUGUUCGGUGGCUUCCUAAUUUGCAUCCCAAUCGCUAUGAAAUCUGCCGAGCUUGAGGUCUAAAAUUUUCACUU